CAUCUCAAUUCUUUUGGACGGAAACCCUUUCAAGAGGUAAGACACCGCUUGCUGUUUAGCAAUAUCAUUUAGCGCUUUAAAAAGUCACUUUUAAAAAUCUUGCUUUUUCAUUUUGCAGCGUCAGCCAUGAAGCUGGUCUUGGUUCUGGUUUUGGCUCUUUGGUCUGUUUGCCAUGGCAACGUCGUGCCGCACAAGCGUGCCGGGACGCAGGUGGACGUGGUGAAGGAAGCUUUCUGGGACUACGUCGCCAAGGCAACCGCGACUGCUGAGGACACCUUGAAGCUCAUCAGGCAGUCUGAGCUCGGGAAGGAAGUCAACACCCUCAUCUCCGAGAGCACAGGCGAGGUCGGCAAGUUCACCCAGACUCUGCAGUCCCAGCUCAGCCAGGACUUCACCUCCUGCUUCUUGGUGCAAGCCGAGCAGCUGAAGGUCCGCCUGCAGGAGGACUUGGCGGCCGCCAGCGCCGACCUGCGUCCGUACGCCGACGAGGUGGCGACGCACGUGCGGCAGCAGGUGGAGGAGCUGAAGAAGGAGGCCUCCUCCUACGCCCGGACUUUGGACUCGGGAGCCCUGAAGGCCGCCGUGCUGAGGAAAAGCCAGGAGCUGAAGGUCCACCUGGACGAGCAGGCGGACAAGCUGCAGACCAAGAUGCUUCCUUACGGGGAAGAACUGAAGCAGAAGAUGGAGACCAGCCUGGAGGAGUUCCAGAAGAACGUGACGCCUCUGCUUCAAGACUUCCACCAACAGCUGACGGAGAACAGCCAGAAGUUCCAGGAGAGGAUUCUUCCCUACGGGGAGGAGCUGAGGGCCAAGAUGGACGUGGACACUCAGAACUUGAAGGAGAAGCUGGUUGCUCUCUGGAAUUCCUUCACCAAGCUGACACAAUAACACCGUCAUCCUCAUCAUCACACGGACGUAUCAACAACACCCGGUGACACUUUGAAACAAUAAAUCUUUUCAUUGCA